UGAUCUCACUGUCUGGCUGGAAAUUAAUCCGCUUUCACCAAGUACCAAACUAAUGCUUGCUGCAUUAAUGCACUGCAAAUCCUCAAGGUGUAAGUUACACACGAUUCAGUAUAAAAGGUAGGCACAGGGCUUGCUCUUCACUACAGCUAUCUCCAGGAAGGCAAGUAGAAUUCAGGAUGAAGACAUUUAAUUGUUACGUGCUGCUAUUUUGCUGGAAAGCAAUUUGUUGCAACAGCUGUCAGCUCACCAAUAUUACUAUAGCAGUGGAAAGAGAAGAAUGUGAAUUCUGCAUUAUGGUGAAUGCCACAUGGUGCUCAGGAUACUGCUUCACAAGGGAUCCAGUAUAUAAAUAUCCACCAGUAUCAUCCGUUCAACAAACAUGUACCUUCAAGGAGGUUGUGUAUGAAACAGUGAAGAUCCCUGGUUGCGGUGACCACCCCGAAUCUUUUUAUUCGUACCCGGUAGCUACAGAGUGUCACUGUGAGACCUGCGACACCGACAGCACUGACUGCACCGUGAGGGGCCUGGGGCCGUCCUACUGUUCCUUCAGCCAGAAGGGAAGUAACCAAUGAAGAGUACUUGAGACAGCAGUUUGGCUUUAGAUGCUCACUUGUAAAGAAAGGUACUGAUCGGGCUUCAGUGGAAGAUAAUAAGCACAGCUAUGAAAAAAAAAAGAUUUUUAAGGCCAAAAUAUGGGAGAGCUACUGACUAGGCCUUCCUUAUCCCACCAGCUUUAUUAAAAUCACUUUCAUAGGUCUAUAGAAUGCUACCUCCAAUUCCUUCUGCCUCCUUCUCAACUACACCUUCAUUCUUUAUAUUUCUGUAUUUCCACUACCUACUUCAGUCAGAUUAUUCUAUGCUAUCCUAUGCCUUCACAACGUUCCCAGGUUCCAGGUCUUUAUUAUCCCCUGCUUUCCACCUCUUCUCAAAAUGCACUUCUUUUGAAAAGCUUUGCAGCACUGGUUUUCUUACAAACACCUACGCUCUCUCUUUUAGUUGGAUUGCAAACCUCUCUUAGCUGAGGUUUCCACUUUUUUUUGGCAAAAUAUUUCACAUAAUCAUUAUGCUCUGUAAAUAAUAACAGUAUGUUUAAGAGCCAAAAAUCUAUGUUCAAAUGUUGAACAUCACCUGAACACAUAUUCUUUCUUGCUAAGGCUUGUUAGCUCAGACUCAGUACCACAACACUACAAAUAACAUGAACUCCAGUUCAUACCUGGCUAACUUGAAAAAAGGAAUCAUCAGCUCUCUACUUUCACCUGAUUAAACAUAUCUUAAGUCAGUUAAUUCUGAGAAAUGUUGCCACCUAUCAGAAACACUGGAUUUCCUCUCAUUAUGCAACUAAAUGUAAUAAUGAAAAUUUUUUUAACGCUGUUUAAAAUAGGAGUCUCAUGAAUUAUUUAGGGAUGAAUGUAGAGGUACAUGAUCCCAAUAGAGUAAACAUAGUGUGAUAACAGGCCUUGAAAGUAGUUCACAGUAGUCUCUUCUGAGAAUGGAAGUUCAUAAAGUUCUACAGCAACCUAAUUCUGCAGUGGCCAAUAUGAAGUUGGGAUGGUCUGGAAACAAGCUGGUGGACUGACUGAAUCAGAAUGGAAAAUUAUCUGAAACCUGCAGAAUGAAAUCCUAUCAGGAAAACAAAAAGAUACUGCUCUUCAUCAGAAACAAUGGCCUACGCAAACACAGAGAGGAGAGGAACUGGUUCAGCAGCAGUUCGGCACUGAAGACUUGGAGGUUAUACAAGCUAAGUAUGAGUCAACGCUGCGGCAAAGUGGGAAUUUGAGGAGUGGAGCCUACAAGACACAACCUACCAUCACCACUGAGUUCAAAACGACAAGGACCUCAGCUGAGUUGUUAUUUCCAGCUUUGGACACAGAACUUCAAGGCACUGAAAGUCCACAGAAGAGUAAUAAUAAUGGAGAGAGGCCUAAAAACAUCUUAGGAGAAAAAGAUAUAAAUAAAUGUGGUGGUUUUGCUUAUGGGAGGUAGCAGGGGGGGAAAUUAGUGGAACCUUUUACAAGCUUGAAGACUGUUACAAAGAAAAGGAACAGUCAGUUCUCCGUGUUCAUAGUGAACAGAACAACUAAGGAAAGAUUCAGAGCAGUCACUCGCCCAACUUCUGAAACAUGCAGACAGCUGAACACUGAAAUAAACUGUCAAGGGGCUGGGGAAGGAUGGAAAGAGAAGAGUGGGGUCUGUGGAGUAGUGACCACUACAGGUCUUCAAGAACACAUUGAACCUGUUAGGAAUGACAGAGACAAAGUUAAUUUGCCAUGAGGGAAGGGAAUGAAGUAGACGACCUCUUGAGGUUGCCUGGUGUGUCUGCUUUUGACACUCUUACAGAUCUGUUUAUUUAAACAGAAUUUGUCUGUUACUCUGGAUCUCUCUCAGAUAAUAGAUAUUUUAACUUAUUUCAUUUUUAGCUUUUUUUACUGAAAGAUAUUGGUUGUUGCAAUUUAAUUUUAUUUAUAAUAUUAAUUCACAUGGACAUUUUCUUGGGUCAUUUCAGUUUUAAAUAUGAGUUGACUUCAGUUAAAACUAAGCAUAUCAUUCAUAGCAGGAAUUAUUCCAUUCUGGAUGAGAGAAUUUUGAAUUAAAAUUGCAAAACAGAGUAGAUUGUAGUAAAAAAGUAUGGGAAAAUACAUGUUUUCAAAAUAGAUCUGUAAACACCUGUAUUGCCUGUUGUGCAUUUUGGAAUAAUAAAGAUAAUUUUGUUGCA